GAUAUGCUGCUGCUGGUUUAGCGCGUCUGGUCUGAAACAAGUUACUGGCCUUUCACCCAGAUAGCUGUCGCGAAAUUUGCCGGAAGUUCCUUUUUUGUAUCCCGUGGUGUCUGCUGUUGUUCGCUGACAGGUCGUUCACAAUGGCUAACCUUCUGGUCCUACCCAGGCAGUCCGCUGUGUUGACCGGUCGAGCCAUCGCCGCUUCUGUAAACUGUUGCCGCGGACGUUUAGCUUACAGCACGAAGCACGAUGACCAGCUGCGGACCGAGUACCUGCACCGGAGCCUCGUACCCACCAUGCACUAUCAGAAGAGCUUGCCCAGGUUACCUGUUCCAAAAUUGGAAGACACCAUCAGACGCUACUUGGCAGCACAGAGGCCUCUUCUAGAUGAUGAACAGUUCAAAAACACAGAACAUCUGGCUUUGGAUUUUCAGAAAGGGGCUGGAAAAGCUUUGCACAAGGAGCUUGUGGCCCUGGACAAAAAGAAUAAACACACGAGCUACAUCUCAGGGCCCUGGUUUGACAUGUAUCUGGCGGCACGUGAGUCAAUAGUGCUAAACUUCAACCCUUUCAUGUCCUUCAACCCGGAUCCCAAGCCAGAGUAUAAUGAUCAGUUGCUGCGGGCCACAAACUUGACAGUGUCGGCGGUCCGCUUCAUGAAGACUCUCCGUGCUGGAUAUCUGGAGCCAGAGGUGUUCCACCUGAACCCGGCCAAGAGUGACACGGACAGCUUUAAGAGGAUUAUUCGCUUUGUGCCUUCCUCGCUUUCCUGGUACGGGGCCUACAUGGUAAAUGCCUACCCACUGGACAUGUCACAGUAUUUCCGUCUCUUUAACUCCACACGGAUCCCAAAGAAGGGCCGUGAUGAACUCUUCACCGACCCAACGGCAAAGCAUGUUCUCGUGUUGAGAAAGGGUCACAUGUACAUCUUUGACGUUUUGGACAGAGAUGGCAAUUUGCUUAAGCCGACCAAGAUUCACGCCCACCUAAAAUUUAUUCUUUCAGAUCCUGCGCCGCCUCAAGCGUUUCCUCUGGGUAUCCUGACGAGUGAGAACAGAGACACCUGGGCGGCUCUCCGGGAACAGCUUUUGGCUGCUGGAAAUGAAGAAGCGCUUGCAAAGGUUGACAGUGCCUUGUUCUGCCUUUGUCUGGAUGACGAAUCCCUGAAGGACCACGUGCACAUCUCUCACAACAUGCUGCACGGAGACGGACAGAACCGCUGGUUUGACAAAUCCUUUAGCCUCAUUGUGGCUAAACACGGGGUGACUGCAGUUAAUUUUGAGCAUUCUUGGGGUGAUGGCGUAGCGAUGCUGCGUUUUCAAAAUGAAGUUUUCAAAGAUACCACUGAAAGGCCAGCGGUUGGCCCGGAUUCGAUUCCUGCCCCCGAUGCUGAGUCUUCCUUAGCCGUGCGCAGACUAGACUUCAAACUCGAGGCACCACUCCGUGAAGCCAUUACCAAAACCAAGGAGAACUUUCAAGCAGUCACUAGCAGGCUGAAGAUCGGUGCCAUGGAGUUCAAGAAAGGAGGCAAGGAGCUGCUGAAGCAGAAAAAAGUAAGCCCAGACGCCGUGGCUCAGCUGGCGUUUCAGAUGGCCUUUCUGCGGCAAUACGGUCAGACAGUGGCCACCUACGAAUCGUGCAGUACUGCUGCCUUCUUGCACGGCCGUACAGAGACGAUCCGCCCAGCAUCAUUCCAUACUAAAAAGUGUGCCCAAGCAUUUGUCAGGGAGCCCAGCAAGCAUUCGGUGUCUGAGCUGAGGAAGAUGGUGGAAGAAUGCUCCAAGUACCACGGGAAGCUGACACGAGAGGCGGCCAUGGGCCAAGGAUUUGACCGCCACUUAUUUGCUUUACGCUACCUGGCUAACUCCCGAGGUCAACCACUGCCCAGUCUGUACGAGGACCCGGCCUACGCAGCCAUCAAUCACAACGUUUUGUCCACUAGCACGCUUACAAGUCCAGCUGUACAGUUGGGCGGCUUUGGGCCGGUAGUUGCUGACGGCUAUGGGGUGGGCUAUGGCAUACAUGACCACUGGAUUGGGUGCAACAUCUCCAGCUACCCAACCCGAAACGUGACAGAGUUCCUGCAGUGUAUUCACAAGUCUUUGGAGGACAUCUUCACGGUGAUGGAUGGUCAUGCACCUCACAGCUAGGUGUCCAGUAGUGUGACAUGCACGUAGCAGUUUUUACGCCAUCUAACUGAUAUUGAAGGAAUCAUGGUGCGGUUUCUUGUAAGGGCAUUAAUGACUGAAAAAUACAUAGGGACUGUAGUGGGGGAAAAAACAUAACGGCCUGCGAUUUGAGUCUUUCACGUUCAAGGGUUGAAGGUAGAUAUGUUUCUCCUGGGAAAGGGGGGUGGUGACCAAGAGAUGUCACCCACCACUCCCCAUGGGUGGGUUGUUUGGGAAUCCAUAUGAUUUGGCUUUAAGGUGGGGAAGGUGGUAGCUGGUGGGUCACACAACUGACCUGUGGGCCUUUUUUUGCGUGAAUUGGCAAUCUGAAGUGCCUUACUGGCAGCAUAAUAGAAACAUGGCUGCUCUUCAUCCUAAAGCUCACAAUCAUGAAUGUUAAACAUCCUUCCACCUGCCGUUAAAUCUCACCCAGCGUGAGUGUUGGUAAUGUCUCUUUGGCUCUGCUAGCUGCGCCAACUGCUACCCCUAAGUGAAAUUUUAAUUAUUUAGGUGGCGACUCAGGUGUUUCUAAAUCUAAUCAUUAAAUCGUGUCUUAAUAAAAGACGUGGCCGUC